AUGGCGGAGUCGAGCGACGAGGAGUUCGCGGUCGACCAGGCGCGCGUGAGCGAGGUUGGGCUCGACGAUGACGGGGAGGCCAUCAGGCGGUCCCGCAUUAGUUGCGCCAACGAGUCGCUGGGUCGCGUGGCUGAUCUGCUCUCGGCGACGCGGCCAGGGAUGCGGCUGUCCGCGCGCCCUGUUCGUGGAGACGGGCUGUGCUUUUUCCGCGCUGCGGCUGUCGAACUGGGACUUCCAGGCCGCGCGGCUUGGAAGCUGUACAGAUGGACGCUGGUGAAGAUGAUGAGGCAGCGGAACCGGCAAUUGUUCGAGGCGCUGCAGCUGGACGAGUACGCCGUGGAGAGGAGGGCCCGCCUGCAGAAGGAGUUGCCAGCGCAGGUGGCCAGUGGCGUCGCGUGGGGCAGUCUCCCCAACUGGAAGGUGUUCUACGUGGACAUAUGCAUGGGCCUCCAUUCGGAGGACGUGUCGGCAACGCGCCGAUAUGCAGACGCUGUUGUGAUCACGCACUUCCUGGAGGCUUGUGGCGCUCUCGCUCUGUGCGUGCCAUUCAACGCGUGGAGCCAGGCGGCCAUCUUCCCGGACCAGGGGUUGCUGCAGGGACGUGCGCAAAUCCCAGUGCUCGAUUUUGCUUUUGUCCACUAUGACGUCGACGGGUAUUCACACUACGAUGCGGUGGACGUGGCGACGUCAGGAGCUAACGCUCCGCGACCGUGGGAGCCGUCGACCGCGUGCCGGGGGAAGUUCAGCGACCCGUCGGGUUUCGCUGACGUGGAUGCGCUAUUCGGCGAGGAG